GGAGGAGGGCUUGAUGCCUUUGCACCAAAUGACUGGACAGGGAUGAGUGUGUUUCUGUGAUGUCGCCGGACUAAAUGCGGGGAUGUUUUGGAGCUGCGACCGAGCAAAUCUGUAACUUUGUAUGAGAUGUUUUGGACCUGCUGCAAGCUUGCAUCCGUUUUGGGAAAAGGACGAGCUCUCAUUUGCUGUCCUGAUUGAAACAAUUGCUGUUGGGACUAAAUAAACAAAUAAAUCUCACAGGCAAAGAUGGAAAGUGGAGUUUUUCUGCCUUCCCUGGAUCAGUUCAUGCUCAGCCCACUUGUCACUUGGGUGAAGACAUUCCUUCCAAAUGAUGGAGGCGUUCAUUUGGACUUCUCGGACCUGCUGGAUGGAGUGGUUCUGAAUGAGAUAAUGGCUCAGAUAAAUCCCUCAGCUGCACCUCAAGGUGCCAAAAACAUCUGCAAAGAUCCGAGUCAGAAGAUCAGAAGUCUGAACUUUCUUGUUCAACAAAUCAAGACUUAUUAUCUGGAUCAUCUGAGACAGUUAAUCGUGAUUCCUUUGCCAGACGUGUUGCUGCUCGCCAGCACUCCUUACUGCGAACAAAGCCUGGAUGAAAUGAAGAAACUUUUGCUGCUGCUGUUGGGAUGUGCAGUCCAGUGUGAGAAGAAGGAGGAGUACAUCGAGAGGAUCCAGACACUUGACUUUGAAACGAAAGCUGCAAUAGCUGCUCAUAUUCAGGAGCUGACCCACAGUCAGGAGAACGUGUUGGACCUACAGUGGCUGGAGUCUGAUGAAAUGCAACCAGAAGAGAUGGAAACCGUUUUGAGGAACAUGGCCUCACUCCUCCGACAGCUUCUGGACCAGAGAGACGCACAUCUGGAGACUAUAGCAGAUCUAACGCAGGAGAAAGAAGGAGUUGUGACUUUGCUUGGGAACCCCUCCGCCCCACAACCUGAUAGCUUUUCUCCCAGCAUGCAACAGCAGCAGAGAGGGACGCCACAACACCUGGGGGUGGAGCUGGCUGACUCCAAAGCAAAGAUCAGACGACUCAGACAAGAACUAGAGGAGAAGAGUGAACAGAUGCUCGACUGCAGACAUGAGCUGGAGAACAUGGAGACAGAACUGAAGAGGAUCCAGCAGGAGAACUCCCAGCUGCUCGUGGAYGCCCGUGCCGCCCGCACCUAUCGGGACGAGCUGGACGUCCUGAGAGAGCGAGCCAUCAGGGCAGACAAGCUGGAGAGCGAAAUCGGACGCUACAGGGAGCAGCUGCACAAGAUGGAGUUCUACAAAACCAAAGUGGAGGAGCUAAAAGAGGACAACAGGGUGCUGCAAGAGACCAAAGAGGUGCUGGAGGAGCAGCUGGAAGGCUGGAGGACUCGAACAGAUAAAAUCCACCUUCUAGAAAAGCACAAUCUGCUGCUGAAGGCUCGGAUCCAUGACAUGGAGCAGGACAAGGAGUCGGAUAUGAGGCACAUCAAGGAGCUSCAGGAGGAGAACCUGGCUCUGUGUUUGGCUCAGAGGAGGAGCAUGGAGGAAUCCCAACACCUGGGCUGGGAGCUGGAGCAGCUCUCCAAGAGCACAGAAGCCCCUCAUGGGCAUCAAACUCUGAGUGAAGAGGUCAGUGAGAAAACACGAAGUCAAAUUCUGAAGCUGGAAAAAGAGAACCAAAGUCUGCUGAGGAUCAUCGAGGAGCUCAGCUGCACAAAACCCAAAUCCAGCCGCCGCGUGGUGUGCAGCCCCGACAACUCUACCUCAUCAACAGGGGGCUCCUCCGUCAUGCAAACCUCCUGCUCCGUUACAGAAAACUGUCACACUGCACUAACACAGAACGGAGACUCAAACUGUCAUCAGGAACCUGUUCGAGAAGAUCUGGAGGAUGAGAUCUUUCUCACAGAUAAUCCAGAACUGUGUACGCAGGAGGGAGUACAGUCAGGAGAUCACAGCAGUGCAGAGUAUUUUAACAAGAUGACGUCAGAUCUGGAUGUUUUACAGAAUGCCAACAAUACACUGCGUUGCAUUGUUGGAGCAGAUGAUCACUCCUAUCGUUUAAAGAGCAGCAGUCCUUGUCAUGACGUCUUCACAGAUCUGCCAGCACGUUCCUCUUAUGUCAGCAAGCAUUCAAAGCGACUGGAGGUUAAAUGCAGGGGUCUGCACACAGCUAAUCAGCAGCUACAGACUUCUCUUUACAACACCGAGCGAAAAGUUCAGCGCCUGGAGGCAGAAGUUCAGGAGCUGGAAGCUGAAAACCAGACUCUGCAGGCCUCCUUGGAAGAACUUCGGAUUUCUGCGAGACGUUUGGAGCAGGUGGAAGCAGAGAAGCAGAACCUGGAGCAUGAAUCCAGUGCUCUGGAAAGAGACAAGAGGCAGCUGGAGAAAGAGAAUCGACGACUCCGGCAGCAGGCUGAGAUUCAGGAAGCCAACUUAGACAACCGUACUGUUUCCAUGGCUAGCUUGGAAAGAGAGUUUCGUUUCCUACUGCAGGAGGUGGAGGGUUUAAGGGAGACUUCAGGGAGGGUCAAAGUACUCGAGAGCAACAUUAAAGAACUGACCAAACAAGCAGCUAUUGACCAGAAGACCCUGACAACCCUCAGGCAGGAGUUGGUGAGCGAAAAGCUGAAAACUCAAGAAAGAGACAGAGAAGUGGAGAGAAUUAGCCAUGAGCAGGAGACAAAAGCCCAGGAGAGUAUGCAGCAAGAAACAGCAGAUAACAGCAGGUUUAAGAUGCUAGAAUCGGAGCUGGAGUCGUCGCUUAAAAACUCCCUGCAAAUUAAAGAUGAGAAGAUAGCUGCUCUGCAGGCUCGUCUGCAGGAAUCCUCCUCCCUCAACCAGCAGCUGCGUCAGGAGCUGAAGGCUUUGAAGCUGAGCUACGAGGCUUUACAGCAGAGGUGGCAGGAGGAGGAGGAGUGGACGACAUCGAGCUCCAGUCCUCCAACAGAGGCCAGCAGGUCCAUGACCGAGUGGCUGCGAGGAAACCAGGAGGCCACCAAGGAACUGCUGCAGCUCAAAGAUCGCCUCAUUGAAGUGGAGAGAACCAAUGCGACCCUGGAGGCGGAGCGUCAGGCUGUGCAGGGUCAACUAAAACAGUUAGAAAGUCAGUCAGACAGCCAGCAGGCUCAAAUCCUGGCCCUGCAGAGGCAGGCUGCUUCACUGCAGGAGAACAACACAGUCCUGCAGACACACAACGCCAACCUGCAGGUGGAGAAGUCCACGCUGAACUCCCAGAGCGCCUCUCUCCUGGCCCAGAAUGCUCAGCUGCAGCAGCAGCAGUCCAGGAUGGAAAGCGAGCGGGACGGCGCUGUACGGACACACGAAGAGCUGCGCGGCGCUCACGAGCAGCUGCUACGAGAUCACGAGCGGCUGACGGUUCUGCAUGAGCGCCAAGCCAUGGAAUAUGAGGCCCUGAUGGGCAAACACACCUGUCUGAAAAAUGCCCACCGCACGCUGGAGCUGGAGCACCGAUCAUUACAGGACAGGUACAACAAUCUGUUGCAACAGAGGACCAAGCUUGAGGACCAGGAGAAAACUCUGAAGGAGGAGCAGAUGAGGAUGACUCUGGAGAAAGAACAACAUCAGACAACAGCAGCCGAAUGUGGCAGGCUGCGGGACGAGAAAAACUGGCUCAACCAGACGUACCGCCAGCUGCUCAAUGACAACGAGGCGCUGAGCGAGGAUCACAAGCAGCUGAAGAGCCAGCUGAACGACAGCAAGCUGGAGCACACCUGGCUGGAGGCAGACUUUUCCAAACUCAAAAAGGAGUUUCAGGAGCUGGACAUCACCUCCACAAAACUGAGCAACCAGUGUGAGUUGCUGGGCCAGCUGAAAGGAAACCUGGAGGAAGAAAAUCGCCACCUGCUCGCUCAGAUUGAGACACUGAUGUUACAGAACCGCACCUUGUUGGAGCAGAACCUGGAAAGCAAGACCAUGUUUCAUGUUGAAGAGCGGCAGUAUAUUGACAAACUUAAUGAUUUGAGGAGGCAGAAGGAGAAGCUGGAGGAAAAGAUAAUGGACCAGUACAAGUUUUAUGAACCUUCACCUUCUCGCAGACGUGGAAGCUGGAUAGCUCUAAAACUCAAGAAACUAAUCAAAUCCAGCAGCCGUGAGCACGGACCCGAGAGCUCGAACUCGGCUGUGGCCGAGCCCCAGACCUCCUCUCAGGACAACGGCUCCCUCAUCAGCUCAGACGGAUCCGGAGGCUCCGCCUCCACCUCUGCAGGUGAAGCUGUCUCACAGCAACACACCAGCACCCCCCUGAAAAAGUUUCCCCAUUUGAGAACCAGGCUAAAGAACAGAGACAAAGUCAAGUUCCUCUUCCGUCGUUCCAUGUCUUUGAGCAGCUUAUCCCACCCCUCGCCCUCAUUUGAGGCAAAGCAGGAAGCGUCAGAGGCUGAGGUGGAGGAAGACCGGCUGACUUCAUCUUUUACUUCCUCCACUUUGUCCCUCCUUCACCCUCCCACCACUCUGCCAUCCAGCCGUUUUCACAGCUCCAUCACUGACACUGUUCCAGAUGUUUCUGCRCUGUGGGGGACAGUCAAAGAUUGGAACGGCAGCACGGUGCCAGCUGGACGCGAGGACGGCGACAAGCUGCAGAAUCACGGGCCGAAUGGAGUCCAUAGUCGAGCCCAGAGUGAAAGCAGCAGUGAGUUCAGCUUGAGCUUGGAAAAUGAGCCGUGGUCAAACGGCAGCAGUCCCRUCCAAAAGCCCCCAACACAGAACUCCUCCUCCCUCCAGCCACCUUGUGAUGCCUCCASCCCCCAACGGCAUAUAAAGCUGCAGCAGCACAAAGAGAAACCAUCUACUGAGCCUGUUGCAAGCAGCCAGAGCUCAGAAAYCCAGCCUGUACAAAAAGAGAAAGAUCCCGGGCUCUCUCAGGACUUCUGGCUCACAAGAGGUACCAGAACCAUCCGAAGGGGGUCAAAAGGCAAGGUGGCACGUCGCUCAUCAGAUUCUGGAGGCGCAGGAAAAGUUAAUUCAGAUCUUAACGGGAUAAGCCUAAAAAAUGAAAGUAUCCGAGCUUCUGCUUAUUCACCAAUCACAGUUCUGUACGUUCAGGGCAAAUCGUCCUCAAUGUCUGGCUGCCUCAACUGCUUCUCCACCCCUCUCGUAAAAGAAGGGCGACUGAACACGUUCAGGUCCCCUAAAAAUCUCCCCCGUUCCAGCAGUGUCAUUUCCACAGCCGAGGGCUCAUCUCGACGCUCCAGUGUCAGCAGCGACUGCAGGGUGACGGUUAAGGCCGAGCCCGUAGAGAGCGGCGCACAGCAGGAAACGCCGACUCAGAGUCAAGAACGAGACUCGGCCUCUAAGAACGGCGAGCCUGAGCUCGUUCCUCCUGCUAAACCUCCAAGAGAUCCAGCAGCUGUCCUCACAAAACACCACAAAACUCCCGUGCAGGAGUCACUUCUUGGCUCCUCGUUCACGUUUACCUCUGUCUUCUCAAACACGAUCUUCAGUGACUCUGAGGUCACAACAACAACUGGCCAAGACGUCCUGGACAUCGGUCAGACGUUACUCUGUCCGAAUCCAUCACCGGUGCAAAGCUCUCUCGUUGAGAGCCAAGAAACUGCUGAGAAGAYGCCACUAACACUGCUUACCUCUGAAAAUGAGGAAAGUCCAAAGGAAGARCAUUCAGCUGGGUUUGAAGGAAAGAGUCAGCUGCUUACAACCACAUAAAAACAGCCCUCAUGUGUGUUCAGGUAUUAUUUCCUCAUCACAUCAAUUCAAACACACCUUAUUAUACUGUGUGUACGUAUAUAAGCUGUUCCCUGCAGACUACAUGAUUGUAAAAUUAAUUUUAUUGGUGUGUUUAAUAAAAAAGUUAUGUAGACAAAAGCAGAUCUAGUCAGUUCCAGUUGAAUGUUCUCAUUCUGGUUCUCUUUUGAAAUGGUUGUUGUAUUCUUUUUUUUUUCUCCAUAAUUAUUUUGUUUGGUAAAUGGUUUAAUAAUUUAUUUUACUUUUUCUCUGCCAAUAUGACAACCAUAUUUAUGCUGUUUGUGUUUGCAAAUAUUUUCUCCAUUUUGAUUUUAUUUAUUUACACCUCUUUUUUGCUCAUAUUAAACCCUUAAAUUAUUACAUUCCUUUGUGCAGCUCUCGAAUUUUACUGAAUGUUUACGCGUGAGAAAAUUUGUGUAUCUUGUGAGAGAUUAUAAAUCUGAAUAUUAUUUUCCCAUAAUAAACUUAUGUGAAAAGUU